CAUACGCCGUCGUCAUGUGAUUUCUUUCCUCUCUUUCAGUUUCAGCCACCCCUGGCCCUGACUGGUAGAUGCCACCAGUAAACUUCCAUUUUUUGGUUGGGGUUUUUUGAUUAAACACUAAUUUCUCCGUAGCCCGCAAAUCCAAUUUCCCUUUUGGGGUUUGUUAUUGUGCUUUGUGAUAAACAAUGCCCUCCAAUUCGAAUUCUUCGCCCUCCAGUUCUUCCUCCGACAACGAUGAUCGAAACCCUAAUUCUAACCCGGACCCGAGCCCCAAUCCGAAGCCUAACGUGAAACCGGUUUCGAUUGACCAGUCGCUCGACGCCAUUGAGAAUCAAUUGGCCUCAAUCUCGAUGUCAUCGCGUUCCCCGACUGCGACUGUGGAUGAUGAAGAGGAAGUGGGAGAAGAAGAAGGGCAACCGGUGGAGCAGCUGAAAAUCACAAAUGGAUCAUUGAGUGAAGAGAUUGGAGAGGAAGGAGUAACUGAUUCCAUCGAAGAUGAGCAUAUUGCGAGUAGUUCGAUGGCUGAGUCAUCGGGGGUGAUUAAAGAGAGCCCUCCAUUUGUGUGGAGGAAUAAUUUGGAGGCACAUGAAGUUGAGCGGCCGUUGAGUCCGAGCAGCAGCGGUUAUGCUGGUGAGAUGGGCAGCACCAGUGGCGGUGAUGAAAUCAUUGAUGAUGACGAAGAUGGGAAUGAGAUUCGUGAGGUCGGAAAUGAUGGGGUUUUGGGGUCCCAUGAACAGAGGAUUUCCGGGAAACGCCACCGAGAUGAGGAUGAUGCUUCAGUUUCUUGGAGGAAAAGGAAGAAACACUUCUUUAUUUUGAGUCACUCUGGAAAACCCAUAUAUUCAAGAUAUGGGGAUGAACACAAGCUAGCUGGAUUCUCUGCGACUUUGCAAGCCAUAAUUUCUUUUGUUGAAAAUGGGAGAGACCGGGUCAAAUUGGUGAGAGCUGGCAAACACCAGGUUGUUUUUCUUGUGAAAGGACCUAUUUACUUGGUCUGUAUAAGUUGCACAGAAGAGCCUUAUGAAUCAUUAAGAGGACAGCUUGAGCUCCUCUAUGGUCAGAUGAUUCUUAUCCUAACAAAAUCCGUGAAUCGAUGUUUUGAGAAGAAUCCAAAAUUUGAUAUGACAUCACUGCUUGGAGGAACUGAUGCUGUCUUCUCCUCGCUCAUUCAUUCGUUCAGUUGGAAUCCUGCCACUUUUCUUCAUGCCUACUCGUGUCUUCCCCUUGCUUAUGCCACGCGUCAAGCUGCAGGUGCCAUCUUGCAUGAUAUAGCUGGUUCAGGGAUCCUGUUUGCACUUUUAAUGUGUAAACACAAAGUUAUCAGUCUUGUUGGUGCGCAAAAAGCGUCUCUUCAUCCGGACGAUAUACUAUUACUCUCCAAUUUUAUUAUGUCGUCUGAAUCUUUUAGGACAUCAGAAUCUUUCUCGCCAAUUUGCCUGCCAAGAUUCAAUCCCAUGGCAUUUCUUUAUGCUUAUGUGCAUUACUUUGAUAUGGAUACAUACCUGGUCCUGCUCACCACGAGUUCAGAUGCCUUUUAUCAUUUAAAAGACAGCAGGAUUCGAAUUGAAUCUGUACUUUUGAAGUCAAAUGUACUAAGCGAAGUUCAAAGGUCCUUGGUGGAUGGCGGCAUGCAUAUAGAGGAUUUACCUGUUGAUCCCAUUUCUCGUGCUGGAACUGUGUCUUCUCAUCUAGGUCAGCCAAGAGCGGCAACAGAUUUCCCAGGGAGACUUGGAGAUGCAUUUGUUGGAAUUGGGGGUCCUGCUGGACUAUGGCAUUUCAUUUAUAGGAGUAUUUCUCUUGAUCAAUAUGUAUCAUCUGAAUUUUCAUCACCAAUCAACAGCUUGAAACAGCAAAAGAGAUUAUAUAGGGCCUACCAAAGACUUUAUGCAUCCAUGCAUGACGGAAAUGGACCUCACAAAACACAGUUUAGAAGAGAUGAAAAUUAUGUGCUACUUUGCUGGGUCACACAAGAUUUCGAACUGUAUGCAGCUUUUGAUCCGCUUGCAGACAAGGCUCUUGCUAUAAAAGUAUGCAAUCGGGUUUGUCAAUGGGUGAAAGAUGUAGAAAAUGAAAUUUUCUUGUUGGGAGCAAGUCCUUUUUCGUGGUAAUGCUCACAAUUAUCUGUAUACUGGCGUGUAUUUUAGUCUUUUUCUCCUAAUUGUUACUGCAGUUUUGUCGCCAAUGAAAUCUUGCCUAAUUUUUUGAAGGGCUCUAUUUGUGCAUGGUUGUAUUCUACUAGUUAAGCUCAAAUACACAUUGUAGCAUUUCGAUUUCCAGAUCACCUAUAAGCAUUU